AGAAUAAACCCGCGCCGCUUUUGCAUGAACUCUGCCCCGCCCCUCCAGGCGUCGCCGCUGCAGCAGGGCCGCUGUCCGCGGGUCAGAGGCACGCGACGGGUACGCGCGCCUGUACAUUCCCCGCAUGAAUCAUCGGCGCUGGUCCGCGGGGUGAUGAUUCAUGCACCGCUCGGGAGCUCGCGGCCACACGUUCCCGGCGUCCUGUGACGGCCGCACACGCAGCUUCCUUCAUGUUAAAUACACGUUUCAAAGUGCAAACGCCCGGAGCCAGCAACGUGUAGACCCAGGCCGGGCGACCGAGAGAAAAGGCGCCUUUCGGCCGCUGCCCGAGUUCCCGGGUCUGGGAGGAGAGCCGGCAGGUCCUUGCGCCCCUUUGGGCCCCCCGUCCCGGCACGCGCCGCAGGGGGCGCGGAGGGCGCACAGCCCGGGAGCCGGCCGCUCCGGUGGCGGGGCCGCGGCCGCGGCUGGAAGGAAGCCCUCCGAGAGGAGAAAGUUCCUCGGGCCCUCCCUCCGCCCGCCCCGCGCCCGGUCCCGCCGCGCCGCCCGCCGGCCCGCACCAAUGUCAGGUUGGGCAACUUGUGACCCCCGGGAGCCGGGCCGCCCCCUCCUGCCCGCCCGGCUCGCCCGGAGCCGGGGCCUCCCCCACCCAGCGGGAAACAGCGACGUCAGAAACUUCCCCGGGCCGCGCCGGGCAGAAACGCCGCCGGCUCCCCGCACAUCGCCCUUACCUUGCUCUCCAGAGGCCACGAUCCGGGCGGGCGGCGCGGGGCGCGUGGUGCGCGAGCGAGCGCGCGCGUGGGGCGGUAGGUGAGGGAGCCCGCGCC